AUGACAGUUCCUGAUAUAUUUGAUGUUUAUGCUGGUAGUUUAGAGAAUGACAGCAGAGACAAUUACAAGAGCUUGUUGAAGGAGUAUACUUCGAAAUUACCAUCUUAUUGGACUUUUGAAAUCGUUUCAGGGUUUUUCAAGCAGGCAGAUGAAACGACAGAUGUAUUGAAGUUCAAUUAUUUGGAGAAUUUCGGGAGGUCUACUACCUGGGAAGAACUUUUUGACCAAUUGAGCACUUUGAACGAACAAGCAAAUGAAAAUGAGUGUUAUAAGGUGUUAUUUCUUGCCAGACAUGGCCAAGGGUACCAUAAUGUUGCAAAUUCAAAAUAUGGGCAAAAGGCAUGGGAUGAGAAGUGGAGUAUGGUUGACACAGAUGGAGAAAUCACAUGGGGUCCAGAUCCGAAAUUGACUGAAUUGGGCAUCAACCAAGCUAUUGAAAAUGGUAAAGCAUGGGAAAAGCAACUCAGGAACGGCUGUGAGAUUCCUACAAAAUGGUUUACAUCUCCAAUGAGUAGAUCCAUAGAUACCAUGGUUCAUACUUGGGAAAAAAUUGUUGAUUUGAAGGAGAAGAAGCCCUUGAUAAUGGAAGACUUGAGAGAAACCUUGGGUGUACCAAGUGACAAAAGAAGUUCAAAGAAAGAAUUGGAAAAAUAUGGUUUCGAGUUCCAUGAAGAUUUUAGAAAUGAAGACAAUUCACAUCUUCAAGAGUACGAGUCCAUCGAACAUCACCUGAUUAGGAUCAACCGUGCGUACCAGUAUAUUUUCGAUAACUAUGAUGAUCAAGUUAUAAGUAUAACCAGUCACUCAGGGUCUAUUAGAUCACAAUUAUUGGUAUUGGGCCACAGAGAAUUCGCCAUUGGUACAGGUGGUAUGAUACCCGUGUUUGUGAAGGCCACCAGAAUCGUACGUGAUUAG